AUGGUGCCGGUAGUCGUCGACAACAUCGCUGCCAAGGGCAUCAGCUACUACACGCCGGCCCAAGACCCUCCCGCCGGCACUGAGCUCGAGGAUGUCUCGACUAAGCUCUUCAGCCCUUUGACCAUCCGCGGGAUGCAGUGCGCUAACCGCUUAUUCCUAUCCCCUCUUUGCCAGUAUUCUGCCAAAGAUGGCUACGCCAACGACUGGCAUUUCGCACACCUGGGCGGAAUAAUUCAACGGGGCCCUGGCCUCGCUAUCGCCGAGGCUACGGCUGUCCAGGCUAUUGGUCGGACUACGCCUCAGGACCUUGGACUCUGGGAGGACGGGCAGGUUGAGCCUUUCAAGAGGAUUACGGAAUUUGCACACGGCCAGAGCCAAAAGAUUGCGUUUCAGCUGGCCCAUGCUGGCCGCAAGGCUAGCGGUGUCGCGCCAUGGCUGAGCGGUAACGCUGUUGCCGUCAAAGAGAUGGGCGGAUGGCCAGACGAGAUUGUCGGCCCAUCGGCCAUCCCGCAGGAGGAAGGAUAUCCUGUACCAAGGGCGCUAAGUCUCGACGAGAUUAGGCAGCUGAAGAUCGAUUUUGCCGAAGCAACGAAAAGGGCAAUCAGAGCCAAUUUUGAUGCCAUUGAGGUCCACGCGGCCCAUGGCUACCUCCUGCACCAAUUCAUGAGCCCUAUCGCAAACCAACGCAACGACCAGUACGGCGGCAACUUCGAAAACAGAACCAGACUACUGCUCGAGGUGGUAGAUAUUGUCAGGGAGGCGAUGCCUGAAAACAUGCCGCUUUUCGUCAGAAUCAGUGCCACCGACUGGUUCGAAUUCGGCUUGCAAGACGAGUUUCCCGAGAGCUGGACAGUUGCCCAAUCUGUCCGCCUCGCUCCCUUGCUAGCCGAUCGGGGCGUGGACUUGAUAGACGUCACAUCCGGCGGCAUUCACAAGAGAUCUGCCAUAGCGAUCAAGUCGGGGCCUGCUUACCAAGUCAAGUUUGCGGAGGAGGUUAAGAAAGCAGUCGGCGACAGGAUACUGGUGUCUGCUGUGGGCGGCAUCAAGUCAGGCCUCUUGGCCGAGGCGACAUUGCAGCAAUCUGGGCUUGAUGCCGUUCUCGCUGGCCGAUGGUUCCAAAAGAACCCUGGGUUGGUAGGUGCGUUUGCCGAGGAGCUCGGAGUCAAAGUUAAGAUGGCGCAUCAAAUCGAAUGGGGGUUGAGAGGCCGUGCUGGCAAGAAGAAGACCUAG